GUUGUCGUCGCUAAAGCUCGCUUCCGGUCGCUGCCCGGACGGCUGGAGACGGCUGAGAGUUGCUCAUCAUGGAAAACGGCCGGUUUGAAGCUCCUGACUUCGACAGCAUUAGGGAUGAAUCUUUGGCUCCACUCCCGCCUCCUCACUCCCCGGGCCAGGGAGGACGAGAGGGGGGAGACCACUUUGACGACGCGGAGGACGACGACGGAGACACGUCCAGGCUGGUCGACGUCCCUGCUGCUAAAAGAAAAGGAGUGAAGAGGCCUCAACCCAAGCUGGACUCUCAGAGGCUGACUUCAGAAAGAGGACUUCCAGCUCUACGGACACUUUUUGAUAACGUCUGCUUCAAAGGCAAAGGACACGAGGCUGAAGACCUGCGGCUGCUGAUGCAGAAGAUGGAGAACUGGGCUCACAGGUUGUACCCCAAACUGCAGUUUGAAGACUUUAUGGACAAAGUGGAGAAGCUGGGCAACAAGAAGGACGUUCAGACCUGUCUCAAACGGAUUCGACUGGACAUGCCGCUGACACACGAAGACUUCAUGGGUGGAGGCGAAGAAGAAGCAGCAGAAGCUCCUGAAUCUCAUGUCUUCGGGGAUCCGGAUCCGUUCAACAGCUCGAGCUUUAACCACCUGCAGGCUCCGGUCCACUCCACUCCGGCUCCGACUGCUCCACCCGCUCCGUCACCAGCUUCCCCCUCCCUGACGGAGGAGCAGCGUAGACGCAUGGAGCUGAACCGGCAGCGAGCCCUGGAGAGGAAGCUGGCCCGCCAGCAGCAGCAGACGGCAGAUCCCUCAGACUCCCAGACCGCUGACUCGUCCACGUCAGCAGAUGAACCCACAUCUGUCUCCUCUGCCAACGUCCUCAACAGCUCUAAAGAUCAGGAUGAGGAGGUGGAGGCUUUAGACGUGGAGACGGCAAACAGCAGCACACAACAACAACAAGAAGAACCACAAGAAGAACAGGAAGAACAGGAACAAGAAGAACAAGGACAACAACAGGAAGAAGAAGAAGGACAACAACAGGAAGAACAGCAUGAAGAACCCAGCCAGCUUCCACACACAGACUCUGAUCCUCCUGCUGAAUCACCUCACAGUGAGAAAGAGGAAGAAGAACCGGGCCUCAGUGAGGUCCAUGAACCCGACAACAAGGGUGAGGACGAAGAUUAACGCUCUGAGUUCGGACACGGAUAGAUCUACGGCCAGAGUUUUCUUUUUCUUUUUGGCAAUGAAUAUAUAUAUAUAUAUAUAUAUAUAUAUAUAUACUUUUGCAUAAAUUGUCUUCUUGUAAUUUGCAACUUUCUUCAAAUUCAGAAUUCCUGUUUCCAUCUGAAAAACACAUCAUUUCACUGAUCCCACAUCUGUUCCUGUGUUUUUUUUGUCAUACCAGCAGCUUUAAAAGGAACUGAAUAUUUUCAGAUUUGAUCAUUUAUUGGCAGGAUUUUGUUUGGAAUAAAUUUCAGUAUUCCUGAACUUUACAACCUGUUUCUUAUAAAUUGCCCUUUUUGUUUUUCACGUCAUCAGCGCAUCAUGAGGCGUCUAAAACCUUUUGUAUUUGUCUGGAGCUUACUUGGAGUUUUGUUUUUCAUUAAUGGUUCGGGGCAGUUUGUUGGUGUCCUUACUGUCUUUUUAAAAUGCCAAACAAUAAACGUUUCCUUAAAACUGUUCAGUAUAAAGACGAGUCUGUGAUGUCAUCUUCUCACUCAGAUAUACGACCAUUAAUACAGCAUAAUCACCACAAACUCAUAAUGUGGAUAAGAGAUGAUUAAAUCUGGUUUAACUAC